UUGCGUUUCAACUCCACUUCGCCAAAGGACUUAACGGUCACUAACUGUCGUUCCCGCUAAAAGACAAAAUGUUUAACAGCCAAUAACCAUUAUUUGAUUUUAAUUCUCGUGGCCGGAGAGCCACCAGUUUAAGCCACCAUAUCCAUAUCCUUUUAUGUAUUUGUAACUUUUCUUUCCUAAUUCGAAAUGCCGCUGGAAAAUGUAUAUCUCUCUCUCUCUCAAACCCGCAAAAGUCCCUUCCUUUGACCAACAAACCCAACUUAAAACAGACCCUAAAAAGGUGGACUGGAGUGCAACCAUAAAGUAUCAUGCCAAGCUCAGAAAUGACAAUGCUAUUCUCUCCACAUAUAUGCAAAUGGAAUCUCUUGACGUACUACCCGAUAACUCGACUUUGCCUCUCAUUUUCAAGGCUUGUACAAGGCUAAAUGCUUUUGAGAGAGGCAAGAAGAUACAUUCUAGUAUUGAAGGCACUAAUUUGAUAAAAGAUGUUAAAGUUGGGACUGCUGUUGUUGAUUUUUAUUGUAAAUGCGGGCAUGUUACUGAAGCUAGUGAAGUGUUUGGUAAAAUGAAUGAAAGAGAUUUGGUUCUUUGGAAUGCAAUGAUAUCUGGGUAUGUAGGCUGUGGUUACUUCGAGGGGGCAAUCUGGUUGUUUAAGAAGAUGCGAAUGGAGGGUUUCGUACCAAAUUCACGUACUUUGGUUGCGUUGAUUUUAGCAUGUGAGGGUCUUCUAGAAAUGAGAUUAGGGAAGGAGAUACAUGGGUAUUGUUUAAGGAAUGGAUUUUUUUAUCUGUAUCCUCAUGUGGGUACUGCAUUAAUUGGGUUCUAUUUGAAUUUUGGUGUGAGAAUUUCAAGCCUUGUGUUUGAUUUGAUGGUUGUGCGUAGUGCUGUUAGUUGGAAUGCAAUGAUUACUGGGUUUUUUGAUGCCGAGGAUUUUGUCAAAGCUUUGGAGCUUUUCGUUCACAUGGUUAAGGAUGGCAUUGAGUUCGAUAUGAUCACAAUUUUGGUUGUUAUUCAGGCAAGUGCAGAUUUUGGAUCCCUUCAAUUAGGCAUGCAAAUCCAUCAAAUGGCUAUUAAGUUAAGCUAUGUUGGUGACUUGUUCAUACAAAAUGCUCUGCUCAAUAUGUAUGCUGAGAAUGGAAGUUUAAAAUUAGCAUGUCAUUUAUUUGAUAAUGUUAUCACUCGUGAUGUUGCCUUGUGGAAUUCUAUGAUAUCUGCAUAUAUUGAUUAUGCCUAUUAUGAGGAGGCUAAUAGUCUAUUUAGUACAAUGCGAACAAAAACUAGAGAAGAUGAAAGAACUAUUGCUGUUAUGUUGUCUUUAUGUGCAGAGGCAGCUGAUGGCUUGAAAAUGGGUAAAAGCUUGCAUGCUCUUGCCUGCAAGAAUGGAAUGAGGAUGGAUAAUUCCACUGCAAAUGCACUUUUACGUAUGUAUGCAGAUCUAAAUUGUGCUGAAAGUGCCCUGAAAGUUUUCAAUGAGAUGAGUGAUGUGGAUGUUGUCUCAUACAACACUUUGAUCUUGGCACUUUGCAGCAGCAAUUUGAGGGGUGAGGCUUGGGAACUCUUUGGGAUGAUGAGAGAAUCAAAAGUCAAUCCUAACUCUCAUACAAUGAUAUCUCUCCUUGCAGUUUGUGGAGAUGAAACAUGUCUGAAUAUUGGGAGAUCUAUCCAUGGAUUUGUAGUAAAACAAGGCAUAGAAACAAAUCUUUCCUGGAACACUUCACUCGCUGAUAUGUAUAUCAGUUGCGGUGAUGAAACAACAGCUAAGUAUCUAUUUGAGAUCUGUCCCGAUAGGGAUUUGAUCUUAUGGAAUGCUAUGAUUGCUGCUUUUCUCAAGAAGAAUAAAAAUGGUGAAGCUUUAUUAUUUUUCAACCGUAUGAUUUCAGAAGAGGAACCUAACUCUGUUACUAUCAUAAAUGUUCUAUCAACAUGCUCUGAUCUUGCCAAUCUACCUUAUGGCCAGUGCCUGCAUGCUUAUGCAGCACGGAGAUAUUCCCCUAUUAGUUUAAAUUUGUCUCUCGCAAAUGCUUUUAUAACAAUGUAUGCAAGAUGUGGUAGUAUGCAAAAUGCAGAAAAGAUCUUUAAAACCUUGCCAAAGAGAGAUAUUAUCUCUUGGAAUACAAUGAUAACUGGCUAUGGGACGCAUGGUUCUGCUUGUGAUGCUAUCCUUGCCUUUAUGCAGAUGUUAGAAGAUGGUUUCCGACCAAAUGGGGUAACUUUCUUAUCUAUUCUAUCUGCUUGUCGCCAUGCUGGUUUGAUAGAGAAGGGCCUGCAGCUUUUUAAUUCCAUGGUUCAGGAUUUUAAGAUGACCCCUUCGCGUGCUCAUUAUGGCUGUGUGGUUGAUCUACUUUGUCGAAGUGGACGCUUAGAUGAAGCCAGAGAAUUUAUCAAUGCUAUGCCUAUUGAACCAGAUGCAUCAAUAUGGAGAGCUCUACUCAGUGCUUGCAGAGUUCAUUCUAACAUAAAACUAGCUUCAGAGAUUUUCGAACAUCUUGUUACAUUAGAACCAGAGAAUGCUGGGAAUUACAUUUUGCUAUGCAAUUUAUAUGCUGCAGCAGGUCUUUGGUCUGAGGUUAGAAAAAUAAGAACAUGGACCAAAGAAAAGGGUUUAAAAAAACCUCCAGGAAGUAGUUGGAUUGCCAUUCGAGGUCAGACUCACUCUUUCACUGCUGGAGACACAUCGCACACUCAAUCCGAAAAAAUUUAUGAGAUUUUGAAUUCUUUGUUAGUGAUAAUUAGAGGAUAUGGGUACAUUACUGAUAAAUUGGAUAAUGAAGAGGAUUAGACAGAGAGUAAGAGUAUGUCUGCUACUGCUACAGUGAGAAGCUUAGUAAUUUUGUGUUUGGAAUCCGCUUGCAGGAAGGAUCCCAUCAUGUCCCUGGCUACUAGCGAAUGAUUUGUGCUAAAGAUUGUCACAGUUUGUAUGUUCCUUUGAGAUUUGUCAACAACGCUUCUCCUAGGUGAACUUCAAUGAAACUAGCAAUGAAAGAUUGUUAUCUGAUAAUGUCUGAUAUCAGUUUGUUUACCAUUAGAAGGUGGAACAAUUCUUGGAGGAUUUUGAAGUCCUAAAGGUGAGAGGAAGAAUUGGUCAUCAUCCUGAUUCAUGGGGAAAGAGAGGUCCAGAAUAAGUCCAGGGGUUUACAAGGCCACUAAUACCUGACUGAAUCGUGUAAAAAUGUUCCUAGGCACAUUACACUGUACAUUUACCAUUGUUUAGUGUACGUACCACAACUGUAAUAAGAGCAUCGCAUUCUUUAAGAGCUAUGUAACCAUCCAUAAAACAAUAAAUCAUGAUCUCUCCAUAUAUUGUAUGGAUUGAUAACAAGACAAUGUAAAUACUUUCAUCA